CUUUCUUUUAUUUAUUUGUUUUUUUUGGAUGGCGCCGCCGGAGGCAGCUCGAACCACAGGUUGCUAGGACACGGGGGUCCUGCGUUGCUAUGACGACGCAGGGCGGUUCAGGAAAGGGCCGGCCGACCGACGCCUGGCGGGAAACACAACUGUGGGCGCAGCCGUGGGUGUCCGUGUCUGCAGGCCUCUGCCGAAGGGACCGUGGGAGCCUCUCCCCACUCCGGGAUGCUGGGCCGCGCCGACCCGCCCGUGGUCUGUAGGACGGUGGAGCCUGGCUCUGCCGGGCUGGGUCCCGACUCUGACCAACCCUGUACCCCUCCCUGUCACGUCAGGUUAUCCUAGAGAAUAUUGAGGGCGCCCCAAAGAAGGGAGGCCAUGCUGGAUGAGUCUGAAUUCUAACCUGAACACAGACGCUCAAGGGGUCUCUUCGUUCAUUUGCUUUGUUUUGCCUACAGAAUUACGGGGCGGCUUGAAAGUUCCAACACGAUUUUGAUUUGUUUCUGAAUUGACUUUCUGGAGGAGUAUUUCUGAGGGUGAUAGCUGGCAUUGUUCAUUAUGUCUUUCCACAAACUGUCGGACACUUCGCUGAACUCCCCAUCGGCCCUUGAGGCCAAACGGUCAAAACUGAAUGUUGUCAAGGAGGAGGCCGCAGGGUUUCCUGAGCUGAAGGAGAAAAAAGCCACUGUGGACCAUCUCAAACCCUUUCCUACUUCCUUUAAGAAUGAAUUCAUUCCCGAGGAAGUUCUUCUCUCUCUGAACUCUGCCGCCAGUGCUGGUCCCUGUCCUGAAAACUUACUGCCGGUUAAGAAAGCUAAAGCUGCAAAGGGUGUCCUUCCCCGUCUUCCAGACCAAAUCUGGCACCACCCUCAUCGAAGGAAUAAAGUCAAAUACCUGAUUGAUCAACCUGUCUCCCUAACAGGAGCUGCAAGGGAUAUUUCUUUCCUGUAUAACGUUUCCUAUGUAAAUGGAGAGGCCAGAGAGAAGAAGCUUUGUCCCCCAAGUACCAACAGGCCACCGGACAGUGCCAUGGUGCCUCACAAACAGAAGACAUUAGCGGACACUUUGGUUCCUGAAGAAUUUCAUAUUGUGUCAAAUACAGGCGUUGUAGGUUUGGAGUGUUAUGAUGACAAAUACACCACCCUCCUCACAGACAGUGAGAACAGGCUGUUGCUCUUCCCAUCCAUGAAACCUAAUAAAAGAAUAGAAGUGGUCCAGCUGAGUAAUGUGAUGGAUGCCAUGCUGGAGAGGGCUGGAGUAGAAAGUGAGAAGCCUAUAGGGCCAACCAAGAUGCACCAAAUACUACACAUAUUGAAGAAGGAACAGACCAUUUACAACACAAUCUUUCAUGAGCUAAUUCGACAAGUCAGUGUGGACUGUGUAGAUAGAGGAGAGCUACUGUCAAAAAUCAGAGACAAAUACGUGCAACUGCUGGACCAGAUCGCCCGGCAGAUGAUUGACUUUUACAAGGACUUGGUGACUCAGCGCAUGAUGGACCAGCGUAUCCUAGAAGAGCUGUACAACUUCAAGAAAGUGAUCGAGGAGCUGACCAGGGAACUUUGUCUGGUUCAGGCCCAUGAUAAGAGAUUAACAAUGGAAGCAGAGAGAGCCCAGAAGGACCUGGCAGAAGCUCUUUUGGCAGCAGAAAAGAAUGCCAAAAUAGUAGAAGACUACCAUGACUUAUAUACAUUACAGAGAGGAAGGAUGGAGAAAGAUAUUAAACUGUUAAUGUCAGAAAGAGACAUUUGGAGCUCAGCCACAUAUGAACUGGCUCUAAAGGUAAUUGAAAGAAAUAGAGUCAUAAUGGCUAAAAAACUCUUCCUCAAUGAAAAAGGCUGGAAUAAAUAUGCUAAGCAUUUCAAUAUAAUGCUGUCAACUAAGGACACUGGAGACCUUGAAAUGCUGCAGAAGUUGACAGAAAAAUGGAAAAGGUUUAUGCAUAGGUUUAAGCAGGAUGUGGAAGCCACAGAGAAGACUAUUACAGAUAUUUCCCAAACUGUGAAAGCUGGGAUUCUCAAGUGGCAGCAAUUCUUCAAAAGUAACGUCGGAAAAGAUAUUGUAAUCCCUAAUAAGGCAAAUCCUUUCAAAGCAGUUUUCAUAGAAUUCAAGGAGUUUCACAAGUUGAUGAGUGAGCAGAAAGAGCAGUUCACAGGGAAUGCUCUGGUGGCCAAAUAUGACCAUCUCAAGAUGAUCAAACGCUUACAGGAAAGCUGGACAAACGUUGCGUUUGGGGUAUUUAGUCGCCAUAAGAAUUCAGAUGGGAUGUUGCCAUCAGAGUACCAAUACAUGGAAGAAAUAAUAAAAGCCACAGGCAACCUCUACAAGGAAUAUGAGAUAAGAAUAAAUGGUGACAAUGGUAUGUCUAAAAUUCUUCCAGUCUUGGUUACUUCUCUGGACACAUGUGUUUACAAGUUUGAAAACCUUCUACAUUAUUGUAAUAUACCCCAUGAAGAGUGGUCUGAAAUUGAUGAAAAAAUCAGUGAAAUGAAGUUGCAACUGGACAUACUGUUAAACAUUGUUAGUAAUAUUGCCCAAUACAUGAAAACAGAUUCUGGCACACCACUCCACGAACAUAUAAAUGACAUGAUUCGACAAUGGCUUUUUAAUAUAAACAGUGAAAUCACCAAUGAUAACACUGAAUUCCUUCGCCACAUGGAUGACCUCCAUAUAGCUAUGAUCCAGUGGAUGGUAAAUAUGCUGACCAUAAUGCUUCCUGACUUUCAUGACCGAAACACUCUCCCAAAGCUGGAGGAGGAUGAAACUCCUGAGAAACGUGAAGUAAAAAUUGCUGAAUUAGAGUUUAAUGGAAUUUCACUGGCCAAGCGGUUGGCACGAUACACCGGCUACUUGAACAGUUGCUGCAAAAGCAUGGUAAGAGUCAUGGCUCUGACGAGAGCUGCUCACUUACAGAAGAAUCCUGCUAAGGAUCUUCAGGAACUGGAGAGGAUGAAGAGAGAAUGUUAUGAUUGGAUCAACACAUGUUCAUACCUCCUUUCUGAUAUGAAAGGCAGGAAAAUAUUAUUGCUGACAUUUGAGGAAGCAGAGGAGCUGCUUGGGGAAGAGGAAACUUCAAAAAUGAUUUCUGACGCAGAAAAACCUUUUAUUGAUGAGGAUCCUGAGGACAAAAUUGAGUUUAAAAGGGUUGUCUCCCGAACAAAGAAAGAAGAGGCAGAAACACCAGCAGAAGAGGAAGAAGAAGAAGAAGUUGUAGUAGCAGAACAGGUGAGAUCAUUUGCUGGGCAUGGUGGCAGUUUUAAUUUGAAAUCUGCUGUGCUUUUUUUGACCACAGGCAGUGUCUGUGGACUAUUUGGUAUUACAGUUGCUCUUCUUCUCUCAUGGCAGUUUUCACAUGAGAGUCUGUAUGAAGGAAGCAUACAUUUUCACCCCUCUCUGUUCUGUUGUUUCCAUGGACUUCAUCCACGCAGAGAGACUGACAAGAGAGCCAGAGACGCAGAGGAGAAGUUUGAAGGGGUGAACGAGAAGCUACAUUACACCCUCAUAAGAAACAAUGAACUGGAGAAGGAACUGGAAGAAAUGUCCAAGAAAAUCAAAAGGGGGUCAGGCUCCAGGGGGGAGGAAACUGAAGGGAAUGAUGAUGAAGACAAUUCUGAACAAAAGGAAGAAACCUCAGGAGAGGUACAAAAGGAAGGGAAAAGGUCCCCAAAAACUGCAAAGAAAGUACCACAAUACAAGGAUGAUCACCCUGCUAAACCUGCAGGACGGGGUAAACCUAAGAGCAAACCCAAAUAGACUCCCUAGAGACUGAGGUUCACAGUGGCUGUGCACCAGAACCUGCAUAGGUAUUGUUGAGCUGUGGAGAUGACACGCAGCUCGCAUGGAUGGACUCCCUUAGCAACAGCUGUUAGAAAAGCCACACCAUCCAAGUCAUGAACGUUUCACUUUCAAGCAUGGCAGAGACCAUACGGAGUCAGUACAUGAGUACACUUGCCACAUUAAAAACAGCUUAAGAGAAAUUAUGCUGGCCUCUUCAGUCAAUUUCCGAGAGCACCGUCAAAAUCGUUCACUUCUGUGAAGAAGA